UCCAUUUUUUUUUUGUUCUUUCUUAUUCUUCUCUCCUUUCUUUUGCUAAGCCACGACUUAAUUCCUUUUUCUUCUGUUUGUGCAAGGCAAACUCUGAGAAAAGAUAGAGAAGACGCCAAUGGAGGAUUACUCAGAAGAAGAGGCUGAAGAAUACAACACGUCUGAGGUAGAUUGGGGAGAAGAAGCUGACCAGGAUUGUUGGGACGAUGGAGAUGACCACACUGAAGGUCAUUGGUGCGCAGACUCUGUUCCAGAGUAUGUCCCAAACGAUGAACAAGAAUACCCAGAGGUGGAACCAGAAUCAAUGGACCAGUAUUCAACUUGCUAUGGUCCCAAAUCCCAACUCAUCUAUGAGGAUAGUUCUGAAGGGAAAUAUUAUUCUCAAGCGUGUCCUAGAAGAGAAAAGACCACCGUGGCUGCACCAUCAAGAUCUUAUCAUGGGAGUCUAUCAAGACAUGCUCACAGCACGCCAUGGAACUACAAUGGAGAUCAGUUUUAUCAGAAUCGCUUGGCUGCACCAUCUAUACAUUUUUCUGGUCAUAAGCAAGGACCAAGUGCAUAUCUAAGGUGGGAGGACGACAUGGAGCAAUGGUUUAUAGCUUGGAGAAUUCCAGAGAAGCUAAAGCUAACUUAUGCGAAGGAUACCUUAACCGGAGAGGCAUACAAUUGGUGGAGUCAGCUAGAUGCUGAUAGGAUCUAUUUCAAUGAUCCGGCUUUUACUUGGAAAGAGGUUAAGAUGCUCAUGUAUAGUGAGUUUGUGAAGAAGGCAAAAUACAUUCAGAAGGUGUCCACAAGGAGAUUAAUAAAGCACCAAGUCUUGCAACCCACAGUUCAGAGAGAAGUUGUUUCCCAAAGACAAAGUUCAAGGCCAGUGCAUCCACCUCAAGUCAAACGAAACCAAGGUGAGCACUCUAACUCUUUAAAACCAUCUGAGGUUAUUUGUUAUAGGUGUCAAGGCAAGGGCCAUCUAGCAAAGGAGUGUCCCACAAAACGAGUUGUGAAGUCAGUACUAUCUGAAGCAAAAGAAACAAACUUGGAGGUAAGUGAUUCCGAUACUAGAAUUGAUGAUUCCUUUUCUAGAAUGGAUAAACAUAUUGAUGAUCUUAUCAACUUGAUUAAAGCUAGAUCUACUUCUGUUUCUAGUAAUUCCAUGACUGUCUUAACACACUUGUCUAGCGCCCAAAAGGUUGAAAGUAUUUCAGGUACUAACAUAGAAAUCAAGGAACAAGAGCCCAACCUUGCUGCGCAAUCAAGUCCAACACUUGAUAAGGUGAUUUCUGAACUUAAAGUGAAUAAUCUUACUUAUCAAAACACUGGUAUGAUGCACUUGCACUCUGUCCAGAAUGUUGAUGAAGGUCUAGGUAAUGAGGAGACACGUACAGAAGCUAAACAACAAGAGAAUAAUGAGCAAUCUACCCUAGAGACCUCUACACCAGCUGAUCAUGCUUUAGAGGUAGUAAAUACCAAAGCUGAAUCAAUGCAAGAUAACCAGGUACAAUGGAGAAGCAUCCAGAACCAAACUCACAACCUUACACCCAAGCAGUGGUCAAUGGAGAAACCAAUUGUGAAAUAGGAGAUUUCGAAAAGGAGACCACGAUCCUUCCAAGGGAAAUCAUAGACCGACCAUGGAAAGGGGGCAUAGCUUCCCUACUGAUCAAAGA